GCCACGUCCUGGUGCUGUUUUGUAACAAGCAGGUCCUUUUCACAGGAGAGACACAAAAGGAGCAGCUGAGACCAGUCACUGAAGCUGAAGCGGCCCAGCUCCUGUUGCUCCUUGGAAUCUUUCCAGGCCUUUGCAAAGGGGCUCUCCCUUCCAGGAAGGUAGGACAGCAGCCUGGCUUGCCAAGCAAAGAGAGGGGUGCUGACCAGUUAAAGAUGGCGAAUGAAGCAAACCCUUGCCCGUGCAACAUUGGAGAUACUUUUGACUACAGAAGUCUUGGAUGUGAAAUUUCUGUUGAGCACAUCAGUGCCUACCUUUGCAAACCUUCCCUCUCUGCUGAGAAAGCUGUGAUUGUGAUUCACGACAUUUAUGGAUGGCAGCUGCCUAAUACCAGGUGCAUUGUUGAUAUGCUUGCAGCCAAUGGAUACCUAGCAAUUCUUCCAGACUUUUAUAAAGGACAAGAGCCUUGGAAACCAUCUAAUGAUUGGUCCACAUUUAAUGAAUGGCUAAAAACACGAGAUGCCAAGAAAAUCAAUACGGAAGCAGAUGUUGUCCUGAAGUAUCUUAAAGAACAGCGUAAUGUGAAGAAAAUAGGUGUUAUUGGAUUUUGCUGGGGUGGAGCUGCAGUACAUCACCUGAUGUCAUCAUAUUCUGAAUUUAAAGCAGGUGUCUCACUGUAUGGAGUUAUCAGAUUAGCAGAGGACAAGUACAAUUUAUUGAACCCCACAUUUUUCAUUUUUGGAGAGAAAGAUGAAAUCAUUCCUUUAGAACAGGUCGCUGAACUAGAACAGAAACUGACAGAGCAUUGCAAAGUUGAUUUUGAGGUUAAAAUCUAUCUGGGUCAAACACAUGGCUUUGUACAUCGCAAGAGAGAAGAUAUUAACCCUAAAGAUAAACCUUACAUUGAAGAAGCAAAGAUGGACAUGAUGAAUUGGCUAAAUAGAUAUAUUUUAUAGACA